ACACAUCUUUGACAGCUGCCGACACGUGAACAAGGAAGGAAGAUGUCACAGACAUACGAGUUUGAGAUGGCGAUGACUUGUGAGGGAUGUGCAGGGGCCGCGAAAAGAGUGCUAGGAAAGCUAGGUGAUAAAGUGACUAAUGUGGAGACCAACGUAGAGACUAAGAAGGUCAAGGUGACAUCAUCACUGUCCUCUGAUGAGUUGUUAGAACAGCUUAAGAAAACAGGAAAAGAGACCAAAUUCCUGGGAACAGUGUAGUCAGCUUCAUCAUUGAAAUGAUUUGACCAAGUUGGAGUGUAAAUGGAGGCUAGACAGAGAAAUUCAUCUGCUGCAUCUAAUAUCUUCAUAUUUAGGAGGAGGAAAAAUAGUGAUAUCAUCCUAUCACUGCAUCUCAUAUUUUAUUUUAACCUACAUGUAUUGACUAGCUCUUUAUGAGCAUGGUAAUUAGAUAUUGAAUUAACAUUAUCUUCACUGAUUAAAAAAAAAGUUAUCAUCAGAAUAAUGUGAUGUUUAUUUAAGACUUUAGAUUUUUGAAUUUUCCUAAUCAUGUUUUUUUAAAAUUUAUAAUUUGGAUUGAUUUUUUAAAUUAUAAUUGAGUGAAGAAGAUUUUUAUAAAAUUAUAUUUUUGAAAAGAAUCUGUCUUAUUUCCGAGUUAAUAAGUUUGCUUUGGUCAUCUUGUGUAAGUAUGCAGAUUUAUAACUGGUGUACUGUUAAUGGAUAGAUGCUUCUUCAUAAUAAAUCAGAUAUUAUCAA